AUCAUAUGGUAACAGAAAGUUCGAGUCACAAGAGAUCUGUUAGAAGAAAGAAUUAACAGCUAAAAAAGAUACGAUGGAGUAUAUAUAUCGUCCCUUUUUCGAUCAACGCCCCAAGCUACACCAGCUGUUUUACCGUCAUAAACCUGAUUAGUGAACCAACCAUACAGGAUGUCCAUGCUGUAUAAAAUGUGACGUUUAUUAAGACAUAAAACAAAAUUGUCAGCACAAUUUGCCCUUUGCUUUUCAUAUUACAUUCAGUUGUUGUGAUCAUAGCUUGCUGUCAUUUCAGUCUUUCGCCUUCAAAAUGGAAGACAAAGUUGAUCGUAUGUGCUCACCAACUAAGUCUACCAUCUUGAUAUUUCAACAGUGAUGCUGUUAUUAUGUUUGGGCCAGUUUUUUCUCGUUGAAUUUGUUUUAAACAAGCAAAUGGCACGAGUUGACAACUUGGAAAGGAUGAAAGCACAACGCGACAAGAAUACUGCAGAUAUUGAGAACAUCAAGUCGAUGUUAAAUGCUCAAGUCACAAGAAUGAAUGAUAUCGAAGACCAAGUCAACAAGGAUCCUAUUUUUGAUCUCAAAAGAAUAAAAAGAGCUACCAUACCAGAUGAAGAACAAAUUGCGGCUGAUUUGGCUGAGCUCAAACGGUACAUUUUAAAGAUCAUACAAGAAUUAGGRGACUURCAGUUAGAAAAGGAAAUACCAGGACCGAGAGGACCACCAGGUCAGUCCGUAGUACCACCACGAUCAGUAAUUAUUUCACCUCCACGUUUGGUUAUCAAUGAAAGUCAGUCGGCCAUCUUGAAWUGUUCUGCCAGUGGAUAUCCACAACCUGUUGUUGCGUGGAGUAAAGUCAAUGGUUCAUUACCAAAAGAGAGAUUUCUUGUCGACAGUAGCGGGAAACUGGAAUUAAARRAUGYCACUAUUCAUGAUUCWGGGACGUAUCAGUGUAAAGCUUCCAAUAUUCUUGGCAGUGCAGAMGACAAAUCAGAAAUCGAAGUGAACUUUAGUCCCCGAGUAUCCUUAAUCAAAGGACCAAUCUAUAAAGAGAUUGGCACCAACGUUGUUAUGCCUAGAUGUCACGUGAAAGGACGUCCUAAACCACAUAUCACAUGGUCGAAGUCUCCUGGUUCCUUGCAAAGUAGGCGCACUUUUAUCGUGGAUGGACAGAUGAUGUUGAUAAAAUCCAAGAGAGAAGAUACUGGGUCAUACUUUUGUAAAGCUGAGAAUGAUUUUGGUUCUGUUACCAAGGAAACAAUUCUUGUUGUUGUUUUGUUGCCAAGCUUCACUGUAAAACCUCCUUCAUCUCUCUUUGUCCUCACUGGAAAGACUAUUCAUUUGAAUUGUAGUGCUAGUGGAGAGCCUAACCCAGUCAUAACGUGGACAAGAGAAAAUGGCGUUCUUCCUGAAGGCAGGUAUGAAGUGAAAGAUGGUUCUUUGAUCCUAAAAGAUUUGAAAAUCAUAGAUUAUGGCGUGUAUGUUUGUACUGCAACAAGUGGUGGUCCUUUUUUCAAACGUUCAAAGUCGACCGUUCAGCCCUAUAAUGAUUGCUCACAUUUAUACGAAUUGGGAGUGAGACGUAACGGUGUGUACACAGUUCAACCCGACAAGCAGCCUGCAUUUCAAGUCUACUGUGACAUGACAACUGACGGUGGGGGUUGGACUGUGUUCCAGCGAAGACAAGAUGGAUCGGUCGAUUUCUAUCGCUUUUGGCAGCAAUACAAAACAGGUUUUGGAAACCUGAAUGGCGAGUUUUGGUUGGGUAACGAUUACAUCCAUCGACUGACAGCAAGAAAAGCAUCGAGUCUGCGCGUUGAGUUAGAGGACUGGGACGGAACUAGGAAGUAUGCCAAAUAUGGUAGUUUUAGUGUUGGUGAUGAAUCAGACAAGUACAUGCUGAGGGUUGGCUCGUAUUCAGGUACUGCUGGGGACUCGUUAGCAUAUCAUAACUACAUGCCGUUUUCUACAAAAGAUAGAGAUAACGACAAGAGUGUUCGUAACUGUGCUACAAUUUUUACCGGUGCCUGGUGGUAUACUGAUUGCACGAUGGCAUCUAAUCUGAAUGGAAAGUACAUUGGAAACAAGUGGUCGUUUCAAGGAAUUGUUUGGUCCAAUUUUAAUAAAGAUUCACAAAGUUUGAAGAAAUCUGAAAUGAAAAUGCGUCCUAAUGGAUUCUAAUGCAUGAGUAGCACAGUAAGAUAACGCUGAAGUUAAUGCUCUUUGUUAUUUGUACAGACAUUUAUCAACGAUUUGUCAUCACGUGUGUGUAUAGUGUUUUUCCAUUUCUCGUUGCAGCCAUCGCAAAGUGAAAAUUAUGGGAAAUGUUUCUUAUUCGCCCAUGUAAGAGAAUCCAGAGAACUAGGGGAUUCUG